GAUGUAAUAAAGGAACAGAAUCAAGAAUUACGAGGUACACAGAGAGCUAUAAUCAGAGACCGAGCAGCUUGAGAGAAACAAGAAAAACAGCUGGAAUUAGAAAGUAAGAAAAUGGCUAAGAUUGGUAAUAAAGAAGCUUGCAGAGUUUUAGCCAAACAGCUUGUACAUCUAUGGAAACAGAAAACAAGAACUUUUGCUGUAAGUUCAAAAGUCCCUUCUAUGUCGACACAAACAAAAGUGAUGAAUUCCCAGAUGAAGAUGGUGGGAGCAAUGUCUACUACAGCAAAAACAAUGCAAGCAGUUAACAAGAUGGAUCCACAAAAGACAUUACAAACAAUGCAGAAUUUCCAGAAGGAAAACAUGAAAAUGGAAAUGACUGAAGAAAUGAUCAAUGACACACUUGAUUAUAUCUUUGAUGGCUCUGAUGAUGAAGAAGAAAGCCAAGAUAUUGUGAAUCAAGUUCUUGAUGAAAUCGGAAUUGAAAUCUCCGGAAAGCUGGCCAAAGCUCCAACAGCUGCCCCAAGCUUACCAUCUGCCUCUACUUCAAAGGCUACAAUCUCCGAUGAAGAGAUUGAACGGCAACUCAAAGCUUUAGGAGUAGAUUAGUCAGAAAAACCAUAAUAUUUUG